UCAAGCAACAGCUUUAUAAUGCUGCUUCGAUAUUAUAUAUUACUUGCAUUGUUGCCUAGUGGAAUAUUUGCUGGCUUUUGUGAUAAAACAGAAAGGAGAAAAAUAAAUGGAGUCUUUAAACCAAUAAAAAUUAAAACAUGCUGUGCUAGUUAUAAAGAAAUAAUCACGAACGACAGAGUUGGUUUCAAAUGUGUGCCGAUAUGUAAAGAGGAUUGUGGCAAUGGAACCUGCAGCAGUCCCAAUAGUUGCAGCUGUAAUGCUGGAUAUACUAAUAAGGAUCGUGAUGCAUCUCAGAGAUGUGUGCCAGACUGUGACGGAGGCUGUGGCAAGGGGGAGUGCAUUGCACCAAACACUUGCCACUGCGAAGACGGCUACGAGGCGACGGAGACGGAUCAUCAUUGUGCACCCAUUUGCAGCAGUGGCUGCAUCAAUGGAUACUGCGAGGAACCGGGAAAGUGUAGUUGCAACAAGGGUUACGCUCAAGCCGAUAAUCAGACUGACGCUGCUUGCCUGCCUGUUUGUGCAACGGAAUGUGGCCAGCAUCGCAGAUGUGUGGCACCCAAUACCUGUGAAUGCCUCGAGGAAUAUAUUGGCAAUGUCGAUGAGUGCACCGAGCAUGUGGAUGGACUUCAAGGUAUCAUGGACUUCCUUAAGCAUUGGAUGAUUGAGCUUGCGAUUUGCGUGACAUCAGUGAUAACAUUGCUCAUAGUUGUCUGCAUUAUCGUGUCGAGAAAGAAACGAAGAACCAAAAUUCCAGUAAAUAGGCGAGAAUCCGCAAUAUUUCUCAAUAGGAACAACUCAAUUUACGCACCAUCGACGCAAUUAAUCAUCGAGGAAAAUAAUCAGGGCUUUGAGGACAAGUAG